AUGACGACAGUAACGUCAACAUCAGCUAAUACGCAUACUCUUACAACGGAAAAUAAUUCUCCUACCAUUAUAACAGAUUCCGUUGAUACUAUUGGUCCAUUAGUCUUACAAACUUUAAGUAAAGCUUCCAAGAUAGCCAAACGUCAAGCAGCAUUAACAUUAAUUGCUUAUUUAGCUUUAUGGUCACCAUACAAUAUGUUAGCAAUGAUGAAUACAUUAACCGAAAAUGAUGGUGUUUUCAUGGAUACAUUAAAUUUUUUGAAUGCAUUAAUUGUUGUUAAUCCGGUUGUUAAUCCUAUAAUUUAUGGCUUUUUUUAA